UAGGAAUUUCCGGUUACGUCAGAGCGUCAGGACUCCAUUAGAGCUGCAGCUGUUUUGAGAGAAACAACAACAAAACGGGCUAACUCAUAGAUCCUCUACAGUGACAGUACGCUGUAAGCCUGACAACGAGGCCUCAAACCUGGAAACUUAACCUUCAUUUCCCACCCGGAGCUCCGCCGGCUUCUAACCACGGCCGCUCUCGGUGAGGAAACUCUGGCCUCCGCUUCCUCCUCCUCCGACUCGGACACCGGCGGAGCGUCGCCGCCCCCGCGGAAGAAGCACCGAGCCUCGGCGGCGGAGGGAGCAGGAGAGCCCGGGGCUUCAGCAGUUGUGACAGGCCUGUCCGGAGUUGUCCUAGGACGCAGUGCACACUCUCAAGCCACCUCUGCCAUCCACUUUAACCGAAGUGCUGUCAACAACCUCAGCAGCAGUAUGCAGGCAAACGGGGCCGGACAGGGACAAGAAUCCUCGGAGCUCUCCUGCUUAAACAGCGCACAAAACGGGGAGUCAUCCUCGGUCGGUGGAACUCACUCAAAUGGGCUUCUCUCCAGCACAGAUAAUGGUAAUAACGUCGGUACCAGUAACGGCUCUUCAGUAGGGUCCUGUACGGGGACUUCGGCUGCCUCUACGGCCUCGAGCUCGGAGGUUGGCUCGCUGAAAAAGAAGAAACGGCUAUCGCAGGCGGAGGAAGAUGUCAUACGAUUAAUAGGGCAACAUCUCCACGGACUAGGACUGAAUCAGACGGUGGACCUGCUGAUGCAGGAAUCAGGCUGCAGACUGGAACACCCCUCAGCUACAAAGUUCCGCAACCAUGUCAUGGAGGGGGAGUGGGACAAGGCUGAGAAUGAUCUCAAUGAGCUGAGAGCAUUGAUGCAUUCUCCCAAUGCUAUUGUGCGUAUGAAGUUCCUGCUGCUGCAGCAAAAGUACCUUGAGUACCUGGAGGACGGAAAAGUCUUGGAAGCUUUGCAGGUCCUCCGGGGAGAGCUGACGCCACUCAAGUACAACACAGAUCGCAUCCACGUACUCAGCGGGUACCUAAUGUGUAGCCAUGCUGAGGAUCUUAGGGCCAAGGCAGAGUGGGAGGGCAAGGGCACUGCUUCACGCUGCCGGCUGCUGGAUAAACUACAAACCUACCUGCCUCCUUCUGUGAUGCUGCCCCCUCGUCGACUGCACACUCUUCUCCGGCAAGCAGUGGAGCUGCAGAGGGACCGAUGUCUUUAUCACAACACCAAGCUGGACAAUAACCUGGACUCAGUCUCUCUUCUCCUUGAUCACGUCUGCAGCAGGAAGCAGUUCCCAUGUUACACUCAACAGAUUCUCACUGAGCAUUGUAAUGAGGUGUGGUUCUGCAAAUUUUCAAAUGAUGGCACCAAGCUGGCCACUGGCUCCAAAGACACUACUGUCAUAAUUUGGCAAGUGGACCCGGAGAGCCACCAGCUGAAGCUACUGCGAACCCUGGAGGGUCAUGCAUAUGGAGUUUCAUACCUAGCAUGGAGUCCCGAUGACACCUACCUGAUCGCCUGUGGACCAGAUGACUGCUCUGAGCUCUGGCUCUGGAAUGUUCAGACGGGGGAGCUGCGGACCAAAAUGUCCCAGUCCCAUGAAGACAGUCUGACCAGUGUGGCCUGGAACCCUGACGGUAAACGCUUUGUCACUGGAGGACAAAGGGGACAAUUUUAUCAGUGUGACCUGGAUGGCAACUUGUUAGACUCCUGGGAGGGCGUGAGAGUGCAGUGCCUGUGGUGCCUGAAUGAUGGCAGGACAGUGCUGGCCUCAGACACCCACCAGCGUAUCCGGGGGUACAACUUUGAGGACCUUACGGACAGAAACAUAGUUCAGGAGGACCACCCUAUCAUGUCUUUUACAGUUUCAAAGAAUGGAAGAUUAGCUUUGUUAAAUGUAGCAACUCAGGGAGUGCACCUGUGGGACCUUCAGGACCGGGUGCUGGUAAGGAAGUACCAAGGUGUUACCCAAGGCUUCUACACAAUCCACUCCUGCUUUGGAGGACACAACGAAGACUUCAUUGCCAGUGGUAGUGAAGACCACAAAGUAUACAUCUGGCAUCGGCGUGGUGAACUUCCUAUUGCUGAGCUCACAGGCCACACACGCACCGUUAACUGUGUGAGCUGGAACCCAGCCAUCCCAAGCCUCAUGGCUUCUGCCUCAGAUGAUGGCACAGUACGCAUCUGGGGUCCUGCACCCUUCCUCGAAUCACAAGAGGCAGACGGACUCAACGAAAACUCCAGUCACAUGGACAGUUGAUGGUCACUAAUGGAGCAGAAGAUAUGUGUCUAACAACAAACCAAGAAACCCACAGUAAAACAAAAUGUUCAUGGGCGAAGAAAACCCAGCAUCCACAUAUUGCAAGAGAAGAAUAACCAACAAAAAAGAGAAAACAGAAGAGAAAAUUGUGUCUCCUGACUGGCCUAGAAAAAAUAGCGGGUGUUGAAGACCAAAAACCGGUCUUCAUCCAAAAUCCGAUUCUGACCUAGAGGCCUGAUAAGCGAGUCAGCACCCAGCGGGAUACUCCACUGGAGAGCUGUAAUGGCUGUUCUCCUCUUCCAAGCAAACCCUUCUUCCUCCAUUUCUCUAACGUGGUCACCAGCCAUGCCAGGUCCUCACAAGUUUCCCAGGAAACCCACCUCCACCUGGAGCUUGGAGCACAUCGAGUCCCUGUGAUGCCUCCAGACAGACACGGCAGAUCAGCCGUCUACUCACUGGACUACAUCUGUGUGCCUGUCUGUCUUUCACAUUACAUGUAUAAUGUCUCCAUGGACUUGGGGUGGGGUCUUGCUGGGGGAGGAUGGUGCAUAGGGGGGAUAUAGCAAUUAUUCUGUAUGUAUGUUUUCCUCUCCCCUUCUUUCUUGCUAUAUUCUUAACGUUCAAUCUUUUGGACAAAGGCUGAAAAUCCCCCAUGAAAACAUUGACCGACCAGCUGACACAAAAAAGGCUAUGCUAAAUGUUGGAGUUUUUUAUGAUAGUCAUAGGGUUUAUUCUCAUUUAAGAGGUGAAUCUUAGCGAGUAGUGCCCUUGGAAAGCUUUAGCGUGAAGAUUCAACUUUUUGUUUCUCAACAUUAGGAAAAAUAAAACCUUUUUAUUCCUUAAUUUAACUGCUAAAGGACAGUUGCUCUUAUGUUUCCAGCUGACAGUCCACCACCCCCACCCGCCAUCCUUUGUCGAGCUAGCUACCGCACAACUCCAUUACAUCUGCCUAAGAGGAGGACAGAGGAUUUCACAGGUCACAUAUCAGCUGCAAGGGGGUCAUUCAUUGUCGAUAUGGUGGCGUUUCCACUAUCAAGACGUACACUUUGACCUUUCUGAAGAGACAUGCUUUCAGAUGUGAAAAGUGCAACUUUACAUGCACGUCAGUGACUGCUGUUCCUCCUCUGUGUGUGUGUGUUCCCGUGUGUGAGAGUGCGUGCGUGUGAGCGUGGGUGAGCGAGCGAGCGAGCGAUUAUGCAUGCACACAUUAGUAUGAGAGCUGACGUUACUGGGUGCAGAGUUAAUUGGCGCGUUUUUUUUUUUUUUGUUGUUUUUUUUUUUUUUUUUGGUAUGUGUGUUCAAUUCGCACCAGCAGACAAUUCUCGCCCCCUCUUCUAUUCUCCUAAUCCCACGGUAAAAUUGUAAAGAGGAUUUUAAAACCAAUUCUGCGUUAUCCAAAGCCCCAUAGGGACCUCUAUCUGUGGAACAAAGAAUACUUUAGAGCCAUUUUGUAAAAGAAAGUUGUUUUGUUUUUUUCUUUUAAUCUGGGGCUUUAAUUUUUACAUAUAGAAUUUUUCCCCCCCUCCUUACCACAUGGCAUUUAAACAACACUGAACUAGUGGCAUCUGCUUUCUGUUGGUGGGGUGGGGGAGGGAAAUUAAAAUUCACAAGCAAUUUGAGAGAGGCAUGUUUCUCAAGCUGUAAAGUGUUAUUAGCAAACAGUCAUUUCUUAUGAGAAGUUGAUGAUUGUAAUUAUUGGACGUGUAGUUAGGACAGCCCUAGAGAGGAGAGGCACCAAUAACCAGAUCCACGCUUCGAGCGCACAGUUUAGGGAGUGUCGUUGCAAUCCUGAAAACACACACGAACUGCCUUCCUGUCUAUACAGUUGCACAGAAACCUUCACUAUGUAUGGCACCCCUGCUGCACUUUGAGUAGUCUUUCUGCUCUCUUGCACAUAGAGCAAUGGCAUAAAUCCAUGAAGUUCCUAACCUUAUGGUUGCCACAUUUGCUAGUCAAAUGGCGUAAAACGUUACAUUGGUGAAGACUUAAAAUCUAAUAGGAGAUUGCUAAAGGAAUUGAGCCCUUACAUGCCUCUAUGCAUCCAAAAGCAGUGACUUAUCUUUUAGACUUUGAAAACUAUCCCUCACUUUCAAAAGGCGUAGCAGCCUCAUCUUGAGGGUAUUAAACCCCCCUUCCCCCCGCUCUCCAGCCAAGUUAUUCAGUGGUCAGUGCGCCAUUCAAAGCUUUCCUCCUCCCGUUUUAAGGGUAUGUAAUGACUAUUUGCUACAGACUGAUAGACAGUGAAAUGUUUCAGAACAGUGCUUUUCUGUCUGUUUUUAUUGAACUUUUUUGUUACUUAAUUUUUUUUUUUUUUUUGGUUCAUAUAUCAUUUUUUUGGUUGAUCUUUCUCUGUAUGAUAUUAAAGUAUAACCAGACAUUUGGAGUCCUCAUUUUUCUUUUUGUAAUCUUUAUAACCCCCUCCUAUGUUUUAAAUAUAUCUUUUGUUCAUUUGUAUUCAGUUGCAUUUUAUCUACCACUAUUAUCACAAAAAAAAAAAUAAUAAUAAAAAUAUGCACAGUAACACUCAUGCCACUAGGAGUGGGAAGAGUCUUAGGAAGUGUUACCAACAAUCAAAUCAGGUUUGAACUAUCCACCCCUCGCCUUUAAAGAGUUUCCUUCAUGUGAAAAUCUAUUUUAUCGCAUGUCUGUGUAACUGACCGAUUAUCUCUCUUGGUGUGCCAUUGUAGAUUGGCAGUUGCUACUUCUCUGACCCGUAUCAAAGCCAAAUUACUUGAGGCGCACAGUGGUGUUUUCUGUAGGUAUGUGUAUGUGUUGAUCUGAUAUGCGCACAUUGGAAACUUCUUUCUUGACUCCUAGACCACAGAAUGGACUCCUCUUCCACGCCCUGCAUCGUUUCAGAAGACUUGAGACAAACGAUACACACCAAGAACCCAAAUAAGAGUUUCAGUAAAGCCCAUCAUUCACCUGCUGGUGGCAAACGCUAUGUCUGUAUGCAACCUGGUGUCUACUCUGUUCUUUUGUCUGAGUUUACCAAGGGACUUGUUUCUGAUUUAACUAUGUCUUAUUUCUCAGAGGUAUGGCGUUGGUGGGUGGGGUAUACUAAGGGCUUACAGUAGCAUCUCUAAGUUCCUUGGGCUAGGGCGGGAAGGGGAAAUGUGUGGAUUUGCGUUCGAUGUGUUAUUUACAAAAGUGAUUGUACUGUUUUGUAUUGUUGUGUAGGGAAAGUGUUAUGUAUGCAUAUUUUCAA